CACUGACUCUAUCAAAACACACAAGGACAACAACACUCACUCUAUCGAAACAGACACAGAUAAUUUAGUUAUUCGUUCAUCAUCGUGACAAUGGCAGGGUGCUUGAUUUAUUUUCUUAUCGUAAGCACGAUUUUCACGUGUUGUCUUUCACAGAACAAUCAGAAUGAUUAUGAUCCUAUAGCGAUUAACACCCCGGAGACUACACGCAUUAUGAACAUCGCGGCAGCUCGUGUUGGUGUCAUGUUGACCAGGCAAAUAUCCGCAUUUAAAAAGAGGAAUUUCGCCCUGUUCAUGGUAAACUUUGACGGAACACAUCCAAAUGGACUUACUUUAACCUGUAAUGCCGUUGUUUACGAGCGAAACAAUGCCAACGCCAUCGUCACCAGAUGGAGCUGUACAUUUUAAACAUUUAACAAAGUCUCACUGAAUCCAAUAAAGUAUAUGUACACCUA